AUGUAUAUUGUACCCUCUGCUUAUGAUGUAGACUUGCUGGGCAAGGCGGGCUCGAGUGAACAGGUGCUUCGAUGUGCAUCCGCGCUCGCCGCGCUCUGGCCUGUCACGUCUCUCCUCCGUUGUGUGCAGUAUCGAGGCGUUGCGAGCGGCGACGUUGGAGGGCGUCCCGUGCACACCUGCGCCGAUCCCAGCCAGGCCGAUCCUGGCCCAGGAUCUGUGUGCACGUCUUCCUGGCCAAGCCAGGAGGGCCUGUGGCCCUCGAUGGGCGCGGCCCGCGUCGGUGUAGGUGCAGCUCUGGCGCCCGGCAGGGGCGAAUUCGUCCGUUCGGGCCAGAUGCCGGCUUCGCGAAGCCCAGGACGCGCGCAUGGAGUGCAGCAGGGGGUGCAUGCAUGA